AUGGGUGACGACAACCGCAGCGCCCUUGCGCCGGGCGACGAAGCGCCAUAUGACGAUUCGAGGCCCGCAAAGAGGCAGCGCAACUUCAUUGCCCGCCAAGCAUGCGAGGCAUGCCGCAUGAAGAAGACCAGAUGUGACGAGGACAUGCCUUGUAGCCUCUGCAAAAGCCUGGGGAUCGAGUGCACCUAUGCAGAGCGCAAGCCUACCAAGAAUGAGAUCUCGAUGGGGAUGAUAUUCAACACGCUGAGGCGAAUGGAGUCGAAGAUUGAUCACUUGUCUGUUCCAACCUCUGCUAAGUCUGUGCAUGAGCUCGACGGCAACAGAGUCGACUCCAGUCUGCCGCAUACCGAAAGCCCCUACCACAUGGACUCAGUUGUUUCCCAUCAAUCGCUUUCUUCGCCGCUGUCGAGUACGAGACAGUUGCCUCGACAGUCAAACUCCCACUUUGGAAUUCUGUCAUUUAGUGCUCGUCAAACGAUUCAUUGGCCAGGGGUGCUGCCUUUACUUCCCAGCAAUCUUACUUCUGAGGUUCGCAACUUGGAAAGAAGCUAUCCUACUCGGCUGGAAUCAGAACGACCUUCGCUUGAGCCUGUCAUCUCGGCGCAGAGUGUUAUGCCCACGCUUGACUGGCUCGCCUCUCUCAGCCUGUCUUGUGUGAAAGAUCUUUCGAACGCUUACUUCGACACUUUCAACCGGGUAUAUCCAUGCAUCGACCGCGACUUCUACUUUUUCAGUACUCUUGCCGUGGUGGUGCGAGAAGGGUUUGGCCAGGACAUCGAGUCAUGCCUCGUCCUGAAUGUCAUGGCGUUAGGAUGCAUGGGAUUCAAAGCAUACGAAGAAGGCGGUUUCGAGAAUUCGAGUCAAGCCUCGAUAACCCCACUCGUCCGACACAUCAUGGAAGAAGAAAUCCCCGGCCUAAGCUUUUUCAACGAGGCCCGGAGACGAGUAGGCUUCUGUCUCUCCGAGCGGGACGUCCAGGCUGCCCAGUAUUACCUGACGUCGGCCGUGUUCUUCGCGCAAGCCAUGCGGCCGGUUGAUAAAUGGCUGGAGGCCGGUCGGGCGGCAGUCAUCUGCACCGCCUACUGGAAAUGCCCACCCGAACCCGUUGACGAGUGGCUCGCCGACAUGCAUGCAAGACUGUUCUGGUGUUCGCUCAUGCUUGAGAGUCUGGUUGUUCAAGAGUUGGAGCUGCCGCCCAGUGGCCUGAAGGCGUGGGAAGACGACGUACCCCUCCCAAAAUUUACCGUGUAUCCUUAUGCCAAUGGCACGCGCCCGCAACAUUCCGAUGACUCGUUCUACCACUACCAUUUCCUAGCGCAGAUUGCCCACAGAAUCAUCCUCAAUCGGAUACGGGACGAGCUAUUCCUCAGUAACCCCUCAACCAAAGUCGCAGAAGAGCUCCGCCACCAGCUUGAGCAAUGGCGCACCAACCUUCCUCCGGCGUUACACUACCCCGGUGAACGGGAAAAGCAAAGCUUUGACUGCCCGGCCGAAGCUGUGGUUGUCGCCCUACUUCAGAUGCGUUACCGGGUGUCGAUUUUCCACCUAGGGCGACCAUUCCUGUACAAAGCCAUCCAAAAUCCCACCUCAGUCAACGAGACCGAGCUGAAGUUAUGUGCAGAAGCACUGGAGUAUGCCAUGGAUUGGCACAUGACAUUGGAUGUUUGUGUGAAAAUGCGGAAUUUUGCCCCUGUCAAAUACUUUGCAUGUGGACAAUUCUUCGGACAGCUCCUCAUCUUCUAUGCCUUCAAAAACUCACCUGACCGACGGUUGCGAGAGAGCCUGCCGUCUGGGUACGAAGUCUGGUGCAACAAGAUGCUGAGGUUCAUUUACGAUUUUGUCGAUUCGAGUCCGACCCUUGCGAGGGAUAUGGAAUUACUCUCCUCGCUGUAUCAUAUUCCCAAUAGAUAA